UUUGGAUAGAUGUUGGAGUACAAUAAUAGAUCUCAUGGAACAAUUCUAAGUCAGGGGUCAUCAAACUCUUUUCAACAUAUUGGGAUGAAUGAAUCCGGAGGCCCCUGUGAAAGCACGGAUAAUGCACGGUCGCAACAUAAAUAGCCUAGAGGAACCGUCAUAAAAUAUAAUGCUUGUGCUGUUUACAAGUUCAGCAAAAAGGCAGCUAAUAGGUCUGAGCUGAAACUUCCAUUGAUACAGAUAAAGAGGAGGUCACGAGAUGCAUCCUCUGGGACAGCUGAUCAGGUGGAAAAGCAUGAUGAACAGAAAUCUGAGGUCCCAGAGUUCUGCAUUGAUGCUGGUUCAGCUGGAAACAUUGCCUGGUUUAUCAAUCAUAGUUGCGAGCCCAAUCUAUUUGUCCAAUGUGUAUUAAGUUCCCACCAAGACAUUAAGCUGGCUAGGGUGGUUCUAUUUGCAGCUGAUAACAUACCACCAUUGCAGGAGCUUACGUAUGACUAUGGCUAUGCGCUUGAUAGUGUUUUUGGCCCUGAUGGAAAGGUGAAAAGAAUGCCAUGCUACUGUGGUGCAGCUGAUUGUACGAAGCGCUUGUUCUAAAACAUUAAAACAUUCCAAGUGCUUGUUCCACCUUCUGUGGUUCUUAUGCUUUUCUUAACCAAGCAAAUUUUGUGGUAAUGUGCUAUUGCGUAAGCUUGUCUGUUCCUGUAAUCUUGUCUCUGCCGUGACAGGUUUGAUACAGUAGGUUAGAUUCUAUAGCCAGAAACGGAGAGGGAAAGCAAAUAGGUUCUGUUGUGAAAAUCAAAGAAGUGCACGUCGUUUGUCGGCUAAGGAAGUUUUGUGUAUUUAGGAUCUGUCAUUUUCCCGUGUUACGAUACUUUGGGCUUUGAUUGCCCACUAUAUCUGCAAAUGAAAAUUCAGGGGUGAGAGGGGAAGCAACAAAAAGUGCUUUUCCCUCACUAAAAAAGACUUGGUUUUGUAGAACCUGUGCGGUUGAUUUCUUAUAUUGUGAGCCCUUUGGUUUCCUUUCAAGUCACUCACGCCAUGCGGUCACUUCGGAGUGUCAAGUGCCUUGCUGCUUCCAUCAAGUGGUCCUGGCUGAAUUAUCUUCCGGGGAAGACAACUAGGCUUGUGAAAUCUCAUGCCUGACAGCACAAUUUUGCAUGAAACUUCUGACCUGCAUGUCAAGAGAAAACGCAAGAUUGAAGAAGCCCAUGGGUUAACAAGAUUGAUGAGCAGUGUCCACCAUCCUUUCACUACAUACCUCAUAGCCUCGCUUUCUCUAGUGCUUCUAUCAAUUUCUCCCUUUCUGAGAUCGGAAAUGAGAAUUGCUGUUCAAAUUGUUAUGGUGACUGCCUGCCUUGUCCAGUACCCUGUGCUUGUGCAUGUGCAAAUGGGGGUGUUUAUGACGCCUGAAGGAAAAGGGUGGGGUCUGCAAGCACUGGAUGAACUGCCUAAAGGUGCAUUUGUAUGUGAGUACAUAGGUGAAAUAUUAACCAUCAAGGAAAUGCAUGAGCGAAAUUUGAAGAAGGGUGACGCUGCGAAACGUACUUAUCAGGUGCUCCUUGAUUCUGAUUGGAGCUCCAUGUGUGUGAAGGAUGAUGAAGCUCUUUGUUUGGAUUCAACGACCUUUGGAAACAUUGCUAGGUUUAUCAACCAUAGGUCAAAGUUCUCAACAAACUUGCUUCAACUCGAGCUUCAGGAGUAG